AUGAUCAAGUAUGCGUCAAUCUAUUUAGUGUUGUUAACGGUUCUUAUUGGAUCAUCAGCUAAUCCCGGUAGGGAAGAACAAAAUCCUUUCUGGUCCAUAUUUAUAGGACAUAACGAUGAAAAAGACACAAUAAAGAAAUUUGACAGCAAUGCUACGAACAAAGGCUCACGAGCAAAUGAUUCUACCCAGAAACCGAAUCCUUUCUGGUUCUUCCACAUGGGAUUGAAAGAUGCCAAAGACCCAACAAUAGUGAAAAUGAAUAAUAAUACAACGAGUACUGAGAAUGAAUUUCAUUCCAUCAACAAUAUAUUUUUACCCAAAGGUAACUUCCAGGAUUGUGCAAAAUCUCAAAAUAUAAAAAAAUCAGCUCUACCUUUAGUUGAGCUUGGAGGUAAUUUCUAUUACUUUGGAACGUAUUUCAAGGCUAAUUUUUUCAAAGCUAUGCAGUUCUGUAGAGAUCAUGGAAUGGACCUCAUGAGCAUUGAGUCUGCCGAAGAGAAUACAAGAAUAAUCAACUACAUGAUUUCAUACGUUAACAAAAUCGAUCAUUUCUGGACAUCUGGAAGUGAUUUAGGAGAGGAGGGGCACUUCGUAUGGCUAGCCACUGGUAAAUCUCUCAAUUAUACAUAUUGGAGCCCUCCACAACCUGAUAAUGCUGGCAAGAUUGAAAAUUGCUUGGAAAUUUGGAAACUCGGAGAUAAACAUUACGUUUGGAAUGAUAUACCUUGCACAAAUGCUUACAAUUUUAUUUGUGAAGUCAGAGAAUGUAGUGAAUUUUGUACAAAUUGAAUUGAGUAACAACUUGUUCUCUACCAAUUCAUUAUUGGAGGAAGCAAACCUGAAAGCACUGAUAAAUAGUCCAUCCAAGCCGAAAAUAAAACUCCGAUUGAAGAUGUAGUAAUUGAAAUUUCAAUCAAAAUUAUUUUCGGCUUGGUUUGCGAAGUUUUGCAAUAUUAAAUUUUACCGAUAAGAAAUAAGGAUUUCUGUUAUAGAAGAAUAGAAGUAUCAGGUUUAUUUUUUUGAAUUUGUGUGAGAAGUCAUAAUUUUAUCAUCUACAGAAAAUAGUAAUGCACUCAUGAAAAAUGUGAAAACAUUAACGUAUUUCCAGUAAACUCAAUUAAACCAGUUCUUUGUUCUUUCCACAUUGAAGAAGGUCUGCUCAUUUUGACCGAAAUGUUAAUCAAUAUUUGCUUGAAAUAUCAUGCUAAGAUAUGAAAUUAUGAGCAUUUAUAAUGUGUCAAUUUAUCAACAACAGAAUUAAAAUAUUAAUAAAGA